CGGAAAGUGAAGAUCUAGCCAGAAGCCUCAGCCUGAAAUAGCUAGAUAAAAUGUCUUUUAAAAAUUUUGAUUACAAAGGAGUCACAUUUGCUGUUGGGCCACACUCAGAAGAGUCUCUCGCCUAUGCAGAAAAUGAAUUUGAAGUACUUGAUGAUGAUGUUUAUAAUGUAGCCUUUCCUAAAUCAGGUAGUAAUUGGAUGGUUCAAAUCCUGAAUUUAAUUAAAAACAAAGGAGAUAUUGAAAAAAGUAAUAGUGUACCUAUCUAUGAGAGAUCACCGUGGUACGAAACAGUUGUCUCUCAAGCACAAAUCAAAAAGUUGGAAUUUCCAAGAAUAUUAUCUUCCCAUCUACCACACCACAUUUUUGCUAAAUCUUUUUUCAAAUCUAAGGCAAAAAUUAUUUACACAAUGCGAAAUCCAAGAGACAUCAUUGUAUCUUUGUUCCAUUUUACCAAGAUUCUCAAACUCUAUGAACCUUCAGAAAAUUUCCAGAAUUUAAUUGAAGACUUUAUUCAGGGGAAAGCUAUGUAUGGAUCGUGGUUUGAUCAUAUAAAGGGCUGGAUGCAAAUGAAAGAUGACAGCAGAUUCUUCUUUAUUACAUAUGAGGAGCUUAUACAGGAUAUCCGUGGCAGUGUGGUAAGAAUCUGUAAAUUCUUGGGACAGGAGUUAGACGAUGCCCAGAUUGACUUAGUUGUUGAAAAUUCAAGCUUCAAAUCCAUGAAGGAUAAUGUAAUGUCAAAUUGGAGUCAAAUUUCAACUCAUGUAAUGGAUCAAUCAAAAGGAUCAUUCAUACGUAAAGGAAUAUCUGGUGAUUGGAAGAACCAUUUUACAGUAGCUCAAAGUGAGUACUUCGAUAAAGUCUACCAAGAGAAGAUGAAAGACAUUAACAUAACAUUUUUCUGGGAACAAUCUUCAUAA